AUGAUCGAUGAUUUGCCGGCGGCGGUGCAGGAUUCAUGUUGUCUGCUUUUUGCUGAUGAUCUGAAACUGUCCUGCGUGGUGAGGGACGUCACUGAUCACGAAGUGCUCCAGGAGAAUAUAGAUAAAGUAACCAAAUGGAGCAAGGAAAAUAAACUUUACUUCAAUGUCUCCAAGUGUUCAGUGAUGUCAUUCACUCGUGCCCGAAACCCACGACAUCAUCGGUAUGAAAUGGAGGGGGAGCCGUUAAAAAGAGUCGAGGAAGUUAGAGACCUGGGAGUUUGUUUCUCAACUGAUCUAAAUUUUAGGAAGCAUGUAGUGACCAUAUGUAGCAGGGCAUAUAGAAAUUUAGGUUUUAUUUUACGACAAGCGCAUGAUUUCAACAACAUGAAGGCUUUACAAGUUCUUUAUGAUGCUCUGGUUAGAAGUCACUUAGAAUACUGUGCAGCCGUUUGGGGACCUAGUGAGGCUAAGUACAAAUUCAUGUUAGAGAGAAUCCAAAAUAAGUUCGCAAGAUUUCUCUACUUAAAGCUUUAUCGGGUGUACCCAGGUUAUCCGUUACUAUACCCGACACUUUUUGUGUUAGGCAUGGUAGGAUAUUGUAAACUGGAGACGAGGCGAGAAGUGGCACUGGCCUCAUAUCUAUUUAAGGUGUUACGUGGUAAAAUAUGUAAUCCUGAUAUCUUGGGUGAAAUUCGGUUGUGUGUACCGGAUGAAUACGUGGGGCGACGGCUGCUGCCGCCGCUGCUGGAGGUGCCGCGCGCGCGCACCAACCUGCUGCAGCGAGCGCCGCUGACGCGCGCCGUUCGCACGCUUAAUGCCAUAGCCAACCGGCUGGAUUUAUUUACGUGCUCGCUGAAUGACUUCACUGUAGUCACUUAUAGGGUGGUAAGCUACGAAUCGAGUUAA